AUGCAGAUUGGAUCAUCCCAAGCCGCAAAUGAUGGCGGUGAGCCUCAUUAUGGCGGAUCGUCCGAUCCGCCCAGUACCAGCUCUUCGUCACUACAGCUGAACGUCGUCGAGGCUUUUGAAAAGGUCUACGACACCGUGGACAUCAUCGUCUCCUUCGACGCCGUCAACAUGGCCUUCCCCAGCCGCACCGACGUCGCGCCCAACAACCCGUGGCCGCACCAGGACCAGGACCCGGAGAAGCCUGGCCUCCGCUGUCUGCAGGGGCUCGUCAACCACCUUCCCAACGGCGCGCACCGCCUCUCCGAGGCGUUCCACGAGGCCUUCCGCGACGAGCCCGACAAGAUCUGGUCCUGGACCAAGGAGUGGUACGGCUUCACGGACGCCGGCAUGAAGUGGCUGGUCGACAAGGGCUGCGAGUGGACCAAGAUUAACGCCAAGCCCAGCGACCUCCUGCUCUGGGACAGCCGCACGCCGCACGCCGCACGCCGCACGCCGCACGCCGCACUACACCCUGAGCCCGGAUGGCGGCUCGCCGCGCUUCUGCGCCUACACGUGCUACAUGCCCGUCGCCGACGCCACGCAGGGACCCUGGUCCGCAAGAAGGCAGCCUUUGACAACCUGCAGAGCACGACGAUAACAUGGGCAAGCCGAGGCAAGCACCAAAGCUGA